AUGAAACCAUCAACUAUUGUUAUUAAAUUAGGGUCUUCUUCUUUAGUGAACCCUGACACUAGAGAACCUAGACUCUCCGUAAUGUCUAAGAUGGUAGAAACUGUCGCUAUUUUGAAAAGACAAGGUCAUAAAGUUGUGAUUGUCUCAAGUGGUGGUGUAGCUAUGGGUCUUAAUGCUAUGAGAUUAGCUGAAAAACCAAAAGAAAUCGCUGAAGUUCAAGCUAUUGCUGCUAUCGGUCAAGGUAGAUUGAUUAGUAAAUGGGAUAUGUUAUUUCAAGAAUAUGAACAAGAAAUUGCUCAAAUUUUGUUAACUAGAAAUGAUAUCCUGAAUUGGAAACAAUAUAAAAAUGCUAAAAACACAAUUUUAGAACUUUUAAAAAUGGGUGUGACACCUAUUGUUAAUGAAAAUGAUACUUUAUCAAUAAGUGAAAUUGAAUUUGGUGAUAAUGAUACUUUAUCUGGUGUAACUGCUGCUUUAAUCGAAGCUGAUUAUCUCUUCUUAUUGACAGAUGUCGAUUGUCUAUAUACAAAUGAUCCAAGAAUAGAUCCUGAAGCUAAACCGGUUAUUACUGUGGAUAUGGAUAGUAAAAUUAAUCCCUUAAAAGAUGUAAAUACAUCAAGUGGUUCAGGUAGUAGUGUUGGGACAGGUGGGAUGAGAACAAAAUUGAUUGCUGCUGAUUUGGCAACAAAAGCUGGUGUGGUUACUCUAGUUAUGAGAUCCGAACAACCACAAGAAAUUGUUAGAAUUAUAGAUUAUAUGGAGACUCAGGAUUAUAAAAGUCUCUCAAGUGAUGAAGAAGUAGCUUUAUUAAAUGAUCUUGGUUUACCUUUACAUACCAAAUUUUUGGCUAUUGAUAAUGAUUUACGUUUAGAAAAUAGACAAUUUUGGUUAUUACAUGGUCUUGUUUCAAAGGGUUCGAUUAUUAUAGAUAAAGACAUAUAUGAAAAUAUUAUUGAAGAAAAUAAUAAUAAUAGUAACACUAAUGAUUUAGAAGCUGAAAAUGAUAAUGAAAAUGAAAAUUCAGAUAGUGCGUUUACAAUAGAUUAUCAAGGUGGUUUACCUGCAUCUGGUAUUAUUGAUAUUCAAGACACUUUCCAUGAAUUAGAUUGUGUGAAUUUGAAAAUCGGUAGAAGAUUAUCAAAUGGUGAAUUGGAUCCUGAAUUCCCAUUACAAACUGUCGGUAGAGCAAGAUGUAAUUAUACUAGUACUGAAUUAAAUAAAAUUAAAGGGAUUAAUAGAGGUGAAAGUGUAACAGAUUUCUUAGGUUACUCUGGUAGUGAUUCUGAUGAAGUGAACGAAAAUGAACAUACUCAUGUUAUGAGACAAUCUGCUAAUGAACAGAUUAUCGAUAAGUUGGCCGAUGGGUUACAUGAAUGUUGUAUUGCUAGUAGAGAAAAUUUGGCAUUUACACCAGUUUAA